UCCUUACCAACCCAGUCUUCUUCUACUCCACCUCAGCGAUCUUUCUCUGCAUCUUCCUCGCGUGUCGCUUACAAAAAUCUUCAAACCAGAAUUCGAUAUUUCCUCUGGUCUUUCUGCUUUUCCUGCAGAAUUCCAAUCGACCAAACAUGAACAUCUUCGCGAAAAAACCUACAGCCAAAGAGGCUCUUCGUGAAAGUAAGAGAGAAAUGACCAAUGCUGCUCGAGGUAUUGAAAGGGAGAUUGGAACAUUGCAAUUGGAGGAAAAAAAGCUUCUUGCUGAGAUUAAGAGAUCUGCUAAAACAGGGAAUGAGGCAGCAACUAAAAUUCUGGCCCGUCAACUUGUAAGGCUGAGGCAACAGAUUUCUAAAUUACAAGGUAGCCGAGCUCAAAUGCGAGGUAUAGAAACUCACACACAGGUAAUUCAUGCCAACACUUCAGUUGCUGCUGGCAUGAAAGGUGCAAAUAAGGCAAUGACAGCUAUAAAUAAGCAAAUGGAACCUGCAAAGCAAGUGAAAGUGAUGCAAGAAUUUCAGAGGCAAUCAGCACAAUUAGACAUGACAACUGAGAUGAUGUCUGAUACCAUAGAUGACACCUUGGACAAUGAUGAGGCUGAAGAGGAAACUGAGGAGCUGACAAAUCAGGUGCUAGAUGAAAUUGGUGUUGAUAUUGCAUCACAGUUGUCAGCAGCUCCAAAAGGAAGAGUUGCAGGAAAGAAGACUGUGGAUGUUGGAAGUUCGGAUGUAGAUGAGCUUGAGAGGAGGUUGGCAGCCCUCAGAAACCCAUGAAGCGAAGAUUGGAAAUCCGUGUGGCAUGUUUGAGAGUUAACUCAGAUUCUCUUUAUCCUGUAUAUUUUGUCUAGCAUGUAUAUUUUGUAUAGUGGUCUUGUUGUAUAUUGACAGUUUGGAGCCACCUACAAAUUAAACUUGGGGUCUCAUUUGUAGGCUUACUCAAUCGCAUGGAUUGUAAAAUGUCAAAUCUUAAUUAUUCAUUGAAUGGACAAUUUUGGAUGGCCAAAGCAUUUUCUCACA